UUCCCACUUUCUAGAUGGGAAUCUGGUGCCACCAGAAGGGAAGGAAGUGGAUGAGUCCCGCAGGGAGAUGAUCCGGAUUCUCAAGGAUCUGAAGCAAAAACAUCCAGAGAAGGAGUUAGAUCAGCUGGUAGAGAUGGCCAAUUACUAUGCUCUUUCCCAUCAACAGAAGAGCCGCGCCUUCUACCGGAUUCAAGCCAUCCGUAUGAUGAUUGGUGCAGGCAAUAUCCUGAGGAAACAUGCUGCAGAACAAGCCAAGAAAUCCGCUGCUAUUAGUGAGGUGCACGCCGAUCAGCCUGAGGACUUUGUCUCCAAGGUCUUCUUUGAUCCAUGCUCUUACCAGUGCCUGGAGAACUGUGGGGCUAUACUCCUGACAGUGGUGAGGAAAGGGGGGGACACAUCCAAAACCAUGUAUGUGGACUACAAAACAGAGGAUGGUUCUGCCAAUGCAGGGGCUGACUAUGAGUUCACAGAGGGCACCCUGGUUCUGAAGCCAGGAGAGACCCAGAAGGAGUUCUCUGUGGGCAUCAUUGAUGAUGACAUUUUUGAGGAGGACGAAUACUUCUUUGUGAGGUUGAGCAAUGUCCGCAUAGAGAAUGAGCAGCCAGAGGAAGGGAUGGCUCCAACAAUACAGAAUAGUGUUCCCUUGCCUUCCAGGGCUGUCCUGGUGUCCCCUUGUGUGGCCAAAGUUACUAUCUUGGAUGAUGACCAUGCAGGCAUCUUCACUUUUGAAUGUGACACUAUUCGUAUCAGUGAGAGUAUUGGUGUCAUGGAGGUCAAGGUUCUGCGGACAUCUGGUGCCAAGGGCACAGUCAUCGUUCCCUUUAGGACAGUGGAAGGGACAGCCAGGGGUGGUGGUGAAGAUUUUGAAGACAUAUAUGGGGAGUUGGAGUUCAAGAAUAAUGAAACUGUGAAAACCGUAAGGGUUAAAAUAGUAGAUGAGGAGGAAUACGAAAGGCAAGAGAAUUUCUUCAUUGCCCUUGGUGAACCGAAAAGGAUGGAACGUGGAAUAUCAGAGGUGUCAGACAGGAAGCUGACUGUGGAGGAAGAGGAAGCCAAGAGGAUAGCAGAAAUGGGAAAGCCAGUAUUGGGUAAACACCCCAAACUAGAGGUCAUCAUUGAAGAGUCCUAUGAGUUCAAGAAAACGGUGGACAAACUGAUCAAGAAGACAAAUAUGGCCUUGGUCGUGGGGACCCAUUCCUGGAGGGACCAAUUCAUGGAGGCCAUCACCGUCAGUGCAGCAGGGGACGAGGACGAGGAUGAGUCCGGCGAGGAGAAGCUGCCGUCCUGCUUUGACUACGUCAUGCACUUCCUGACGGUCUUCUGGAAGGUGCUGUUUGCCUGCGUGCCCCCCACGGAGUACUGCAGUGGCUGGGCCUGCUUCUUCGUCUCCAUCCUCAUCAUCGGCGUGCUCACGGCCAUCAUCGGGGACCUGGCCUCCCACUUUGGCUGCACCAUCGGCCUCAAGGACUCGGUCACAGCUGUUGUUUUCGUGGCGUUUGGCACCUCUGUGCCAGAUACCUUUGCCAGCAAAGCCUCCGCCAUACACGACAUGUACGCAGAUGCCUCCAUCGGCAACGUCACCGGCAGCAACGCCGUCAACGUCUUCCUGGGCCUUGGCCUGGCCUGGUCCGUGGCCGCCAUCUACUGGGCCAUGCAGGGAGAGGAGUUCCGCGUGUCUGCGGGCACGCUGGCCUUCUUCGUCACCCUCUUCACCAUCUUGGCAUUCAUCUGCAUCAGCGUGCUCCUGUACCGCAGGCGGCCCCACCUGGGCGGGGAGCUGGGCGGCCCCCGGGGCUGCAAGCUGGCCACGACGGGGCUCUUUGUGAGCCUGUGGCUCCUCUACAUACUCUUUGCCACGCUGGAGGCCUACUGUUACAUCAAGGGGUUCUGAGCCACAGACACGGCCUCCAGCAGGGCAGGCCUAGGACUUCUCCUGAGAGAAGGGCACUUCCCCCCAGGGACCUCCCCGGAUGAGCAGCCCUGGAGAGGCGGCUUCAGGACCCGAGCCCCAGGGACUUCACCCGACCUCCACCUGGCGGUGAUCUGAAAGGGCAGAGUCUUCAUCAAUCAGACAGAACGGGGGAAACACCGACACUACCAAGUAUUUAAUUCAGUACAAACCAACAGCAGCAACACAUCCACCUCCACCCAUCUCCCCCCGACCCCCCUGCCCCUGACCGGUAGCCAAGGUCAGAUCCUUUCACCAUCUUCUAUUUCACCUUCUGAUUACUCCUAUGCUUCUACUGUCAUCAGGGCAGGGUUCCUCCUGUCUGUCCAUGCACCAUUGUCCUCACUCACCUGGCGGGCAUGGAAAUAAGUCUCAGCCUUGUGGGGCUGGUUUGGGGCUCUCUCUUCAUUGGAAUCAUUAUGGUGGCUGCUUUCGUUUUCCCGUCAGGUUUUGCUCGUUGUUAGUUCAUUUUGUCUUUUCUUUCUGACGUUAGUGACAAAGGUGCUGUGGAGGAACCCAAGGGUUGAGCUGAUGGGCAGAGGCGUGAAUUGUCAGACACAGGCUUUCCCACUCUCAGCAGGUGACAGCUGUCUCUCAGCCCCACCGAGGUCCUGUCCCCCAUCUCCUGUUCGUCUCUGGGUGGAAGUGAUCUUGCACACCCACGCGGGGCACCAAAGAUCCGGGUGGUGGCAGGAGCAGGAGGCGUUUCCUCUGCUGAUGUCAAAGUUUAAAAGAAGCAGUCAUCGUUCUCUUCCUUGCCCAGGCCUUUCAAAUUCUGUCUCGUGCUGUCCAUGUCUAUAUGUCCUUUCUUCUGCAGGAGGGCCCACCCAACGGGAGGAAAGGGACAAAAAUAGGAGAGGUGUGGGAUGACAGAGGGCAGCCGGGGACACAAAGUGGGUGUUCACCUUGAGUAUCUUUGGCUUUGUAUCUGAGCCAGAGACUCGGGAUGUCCCACUAGGGAGAAACUUAAGGGGAAAGAUAUUGAAAAUGCCAGUGAUUCUGAGAAAGGUCAGCUUCACCCCACCCCUCACUGUCUGAGGCACCGUACUAAGAGGUCUGACUGUAUUUCUUGAGGAAAUCCGAAAACGUAGAGGUUUAUAAGAAGACAAGGGGCCCCUUUCACCUCUCCUGGACCCCGAGGCCACGUUUGAAAGCGUUUUCACAAGAUAGGAACUGGAAUUCCUCGCCGUCUCCCACAUUCCUGCUUGGUUUAAAACCUCCCGAAGCUCUCCUUCCAGCCUGUGGGCUACUUCUCGUCCCAGUAGGAGGAAUCUUAGUUGCCAUCAUCCCACGGAGCCCGAGUUUAUAGAAAAAGAGAUUGCCCUGCCCUCUAGAGCUUCUCCCAGCAAACUUUGAAAGGACCCGGCUUUAAACACACACACACACACACACACACACACACACACACACACACGAGAUCACAAAACUGCCCACAGAUCUCCAAGCUUUCUGCAUUGACAUAAAUACAUUUUUAAGGGGAAAAAAUAUUUAAAAACCUGUUUAAUUUUAAACACAUUUUUUUAAGAAAAAGAAAUAACUAAAAAGAAACAGUGCUCAUGUCAUAAGCUAUGUUGCCAGUUGCCAGUGGAAAU